AUGGUGAGGGGCUUGCGGCUCGGUGGCCGCGCUGCCGCCGCGUCGAGGUGGUGCACCUGCCGCCGCGUCGCCGUCGCCCUCUGCGUGGGCAACCUCGUCGCCGCGCUGCUCGUGGCCCGCGCGCUCUACGCUCCCGGCUCCUUCGCGUUUGCACCCAGACGCGGGGACCUGAAGUAUUCCAGGGAGCAGACGAGGUGGGUGGAGGAGUCGAUCCAGAUUCGCCGCGCGGCUGAGCCCGUCGAGCUCGUUGAAGCGAAGGUGAAGAGGCUGCGCAAGGCAUUCGCGAGGGAAGAGAAGAGGCAAAGGGAGCUGCCGCUCGAGCUGAAGCAGAAAGUUUCGCUUGAGAUUUUGCAGAGGCUGCACGAUUUGGGGGAAAAUUCUAGUACCACGGAACAACGAGAAGCUGUAGAAGCAUGGCGUGUUGGGAAGCUUAAGUACAUGAGAAGUACAUCUACUAAGAAUUUAUCAAAUGUUGAUCUCUCCAGUGAAGAAUCAAGUAUGUUAAAGCGGGCCUUGGAGUUUAACUGGCAAAUGCUAUUGGAGGACAUUGGUCUUUUGAUACCUCCCACUAUAUAUCAUAUUGAACAUGAUGACAAGCCUCAGAAUGAACCAGAAGAUGAAGGGAUAAUACCUGGUCCACCUUUGCCCCCUGAAUGCAAUACUGAACUGCAUACUGAUUAUGGUGGCACUGCUGUUAGAUGGGGCUUAACACAUCACAAAGAAAGUGCCGCAGAUUGCUGUCAAGCCUGUAUAGAUCAGGCUAAGAGGGCCAGACCAGGAGCUUUAAAGUGUAAUAUUUGGGUUUACUGUCCGUCUGAGUAUGGAUGCUACUCGCCGGACAAAUAUGAACACAAACAUCAAGAAUGCUGGUUGAAGCAGGCUGACCACCCUAGAUUAAACUUCAAAGACCGGUACUCUGAGCCAUACAGAGAUUCUCAUCCGACUGCUCCUGUCGUUGUGCCAUGGAUGUCUGGUGUCAUUACUGCAUGA